AUUUUCGUAGAUUUUAGAUUUAGAAUCAGUAGGUAGGCGAGCGACUGAAGCGGUGUUGUUAUCGAGGCUAUAAUUCGCUCUUUUGCUGGAUAUUAAGCACAGCUGCUGCAGAACAGCGUUGUUGAAUGACUGCCGUGUCUCUCGGUGAUUUGGUCGUUGUCUUCUUCUUUCCUGUUCUUCUGGCUACGGGUUCAAUCUAGAUUUUUUUCUUCUGUCGUUACAGCUUCCCCCUUCAAUUUCUGUAUCAGUGCAACAAAGCCUGUGUUGUUCGAUUUUGUCUUCCAAGGUGUUUGGAAUCUAUCUAUGCUGCUGCGAAUUGAGUUUGAGGAUGAGGAGACUUUUCCAAAUCAGUUAUCCCUAUCUGAAUAUCCGUGUGGAAUUGGUAUUACUACGGUUCUGACUCGAACUCACUUGCAAGUAGCACAUUAUGGCCUGUGAUGCAUAAACUAAAAUAUGGUUUUCCGAGCUUAGGCUGUGCGGAAAAACACUAGAGACUAGGACAGUCUGAGGCCAAUGUCGGUAACCUUUGAUAGAGGAGUUGAACUUUUUCUAGGAAGACAUCGUGGACAUUUCAACACUGCCGUCCGCUUAAAGACUAUUGCAACAUCAGUAUGCCCCUGUCCAAGACCAGACAAAAGUUGGUCUUGACGUUGAAGGAUUUUUCCCUCUGUUUUACUCCCAAUGUGGUUGAGUACAACCUUUUGUUUGAAGUCAUAGUCCGGCCAUUGAUGCAUAAACAGAUUAUGGUACCUGAGCUUCUGCUUUGCUGAUACAAAUCUGAGACUAGGACAGUCUGAGGCCUUUGUCGUACACAGUUUGACCGUGAGGAACACGAGUAUGGGAAUGAUGAGACACUUCCAAAUCAGUUAUCCCUAUCCGAACAACUAUGUGGAAUUGGUAUUACUACGGUUCUGACUCAUACUCAAAAGACGGUCCUAUUAUUGUGAUGUACGUUCCUCCCUAAACUCCCCUCUCCUACGGAAGUGGAAAGGAAUCUUAAAUAGGACCUACGUUCUGUGGAGUGAUCUCUGGGGCAUUGCGUUGAUCCCUUCCCCACGUUUUCUCUUGCCCAAAGGAAGUAGUCAGUUUAAGUUUCUUAGAAUGAAGAGUGGCUUGUUACCCCGUGUAGCAUUUCUGAGUGUAAGUUGGAGGACGCAAGUGUUUGAGAAUGAGGAGAACUACCCAAAUCAGUUAUCCCUAUCCGAAAACUCGUGUGGAAUUGGUAUUACUACGGUUCUGACUCAAACACCAACAAAGUAGAUCAUUGAGAGAUCCUCCAACUGGUCGUAUAGAGAAAUAUUAGUACAGGUUCGUUUAGAAUAUUUUUAGCCUGGUCUCCGUUCUCUCUGGAAGUGCAAUGUAGCCCAUGGCGAAUGGGACAUCCCGAUACUGCCAUCCCUCUAUGAGCAUUCGUCGAACUGUUACUCUCUCUAAGACCCAAAAGAAGACCAAGGAGCACAAGGAGACCCUGGUCUCCACUUUGAGGAAAGCUUUGGAUGAAUAUCAGUCACUCUACGUCUUCUCCUAUGAAAACAUGCGAAACUCCCUCUUCAAGGAGUUGAGAGACAAGUUGAAGACAAGUAGCAGGUUCUUCAUGGGGGGCAACAAAGUGCUGCAAAUUGCGCUGGGAAAGACGAAUGCAGACGAAGUGAAAGAUAACCUCCACAAGGCGAGCGAGCUGAUUGAAGGCGAUCGCGGUUUAUAUCUGACCAACUUGCCGAAGGACGAGGUUUUGAAGUUUUUCGGUGAAUUCGAAGGACAUGACUUUGCUCGGACAGGAUCUCCAGCAACUGAAACUGUUGAGCUACCUGAGGGGCCACUUGAGCAGUUUACUCACGACAUGGAACCAUUUUUGCGAAAGCAAGGGAUGCCUGUUCGGUUAAACCGAGGGGUUGUGGAGUUAGUUGCAAAUUACACCGUGUGUACUGAAGGAGAUCCAAUAUCUCCCGAAGCGUCGCGGAUACUGAGACUACUAGGCAUCCAGAUGGCCACAUUCACAUUAACACCAAUAUGCUACUGGAGUAACGGUGAGUUUGAAAUCCUCGACGAAGAGGAGGCAGCAAAUGGGGCAAAGUCGGCAAAUACAUGAGGAACAUCUCUUACCCAACAUUCUUCUCGCGAGAGUUAGUCUCCCUGUAUAGGGUUGUAUACUAUGUUGAUUUAUCAACACGGAAUAUGUAAAGUCAUCGAAGAGGCCGAAAACUGGAGAAUGCUAGACUCCAGAAGGGCAUAAGCAGAGACCUGUUAUUGAGAGACCUGUUAUACACAGAUAUGUAGGUGGAUGUCGUCCUAGUCCAGUAGGUCAAGAGGAACACUGUAGAGAACCGCAAUCCUGAAGUGUCUGACGUUGGGAUGUGUAUCGAAUCUUCGUUCUGUAAUGGGGUUGAGUGCCUAUUACUGAAACUCUCUUAAGCAUGUUUGGGAUUGGGCGCUAAACAUAUUAAUUUUUGCUCGACAUAAAAUAAAGAGGUGGAAAGAACCUCUGAAAUUGUAUA